AUGCUUGAUAAUAUCUUAAGACAACAAACGCUAGCAAGCGUAUCACGAUAUCGAUCGCUCAAAAGUACGUUGGGAGAGAACGAAAAGGAGAGUGUAUUUAUAGACGAUACCAUGUCGUCGUCCAAGGAUAUUUAUGGCCAGGAUAAACAGAAGUUGAAGGUGUCUGAAACAUCAAAGUACUUCCAGUGUGAAAAUUGCGGAAGAAGCAUUGCUGGUGGAAGAUUUGCCCAACAUAUGACCAAAUGUCUUGAAAGAAGACGCAAAUAG